ACGGUUUUCUUUGUCGGCUUGCUUCCUUCGUUGUGUCAUCUUUUUUUUUCCUUCGAUUUAGGGCGCCUCCCGCCUCCUGUUUACCUCCUCUCUGUUCGGUCGGAGCCUCUGUAGCCGUCCAUCUUCGUCCUUCAGCCUUUCUCUCAACCCCCUUGACAGCACACCGCCCCCCUCCUCCACGACACACCCGCCUUCCUCGACCUUUCUGCGUCGGGUCGUCCUCUUGUCUUUCUUCCUUCCCUGUUUUCCCUCUCAUUGUCUCUUGUUCUUCCUCGUGCUCCUCCUGUCCAUAUCCUUGCUCCCUCCUGUUCUCACUUCCGCUCUUCCCCGUCUCGUCUUCUCCGUGUCUCCUUCGCUCCCAGAGGUCGGAAGGCACCGCCGAAGAGCCCAGCUGACGCACUCGCGGCCUGGCCAAGAGACGUUCGAAAGACGAAAAAGGACUGAAGCCUCCACUUGGCGAAGUUCCGAGUUUCCCCUGCGCUGUCAGCAUGGCGGCCUUCACACCCAAACGCGGCUGCCUGGUGGUUUUCGAAGGAAUCGACAGGUCGGGGAAAUCCACGCAGGCGCGCCUCGCCUACGAGCGCCUCACCAAGGAGGGGCAUGCAGCUGAACUCAUCCGGUUCCCAGAUCGCACGACGCCAAUAGGGCAGGUUCUAGACAGAUUCCUCGCGAACGCGUCCUGGAGCAGCGACGGUCAACAUCCGCAGGUUCCGCCACCUCAGCUGACGCAUCUCCUCUUCGCGGCGAAUCGGUGGGAAGCUCAGGCUCGCAUUCUCCGGGCUCUAGGAGAAGGCAGAACUGUCUUGGUCGACCGUUACUCCUUCUCAGGGAUCGCCUACACAGUGGGAGCUGCGCCCUCGGUCGCAGAGACAGAAGCAACGAGGCUGAGAAGAGAAGCUGAGGCGUCUGGAGAUGUCGAGAAGACCGCGGAGGCUGUGGCUGCGUCGACGGCGGCGACUGGAGCUCCAGUAGACGCAACGUUUUGCAGAGAAUCUGAACGCGGCCUGCUAGCCCCGGACGCUGUCUUCUUCCUCGACGUCGCUCCCCAGGAGACACAGAAACGCGGCGGCUACGGUGACGAAGUCUACGAGAAGCUUGCGACUCAGGAGCGCGUCUACCAGGUGUACAGACAGUUCGAUAAUUUGCCGUACUGGCGCCGCAUUGCCGCCUCGUCCCUGAGUAUCGAGGAACUCCACGAAAAGCUCUUUGAGCAACUGAAAUCUGUGAUCGAAGCGACACAGCCUGAUCAACUUCUUCCUCUGGGAAGCACAGGAGACGGACGGCGAAGACUGUGGAGCACGUCACUUUGAACAAUUUUUUAGGUCACUUGCUUUCGUUGCUUGUUUGUGUCAAAGAUGUCUCUUUCCGAGAUUCGGGCGACGACCCGCGAGGCCAGCGGCUCGGAACGGAACAUCACAGUGCAAAAACUCUUCUGCACGCCGGUAGUCCGGUCUCACAGGGAGGGUGUUUCAAGUGCAGGUACACCGACCAGAAAUCCCGUGGUUUUCUAGAAUUUCUCUCGUCAGUGUGUUGAUGGUUGCCAGCGAUGAAAUGCCGAGUGGACGAAUUCAUGGUAGGGUCGCGACGACGCGCCUUCGUCUUUACGAGCGUCUCGCUAUGUUCCCAAAACAACGACUCCAAACAGUCGUGUCGCCGCACACGUCGCCCCGGCUCUUGCUGGACGCGAAGGACGAAGACGACUCCUAUUUAGGAGGCCAGUUGUUUGACACAGGCCAUUCAACGCUCUGCAUUUGCAUGUCAGUCACGGUGGUCCCUCGGUGUGCCUUGGGCUCCUCUCUGCGCGAUCCACACGGGAACGCGGGCAGCCCUCCCCCCGGAGGAGUAGAGAGCAUAGGCCGUCCUUGAGUGAA